AAAACCCUAAACAUUUCAAAAGAACAGGGCUUCCACCCAAAAAGCUGCAAAAACCCUAAAAAUGUCAUCAUCGAUUCCCCUCCGCCACCUCCGCCACCUAUCAACCACCACCGCCAAGUCUACCCUCUCCAUCUCAAAAGCCAAAUCAAAGCUCCGAACCGAGUACGACCCUGACAAAGCCCUCCAGAUUUAUUCCUCCGUCUCCGAACACUACUCUUCUCCCACCUCGUCUCGCUACGCCCAGGAUCUCACCGUCCGCCGCCUCGCCAAGUCCCACCGUUUCGCUGACAUCGAAUCCUUCAUUGAAUCCCACAAAAAUGACCCCAAAAUCACCCAGGAGCCGUUCCUGUCCACCCUCAUCCGAUCCUACGGCCGCGCCGGCAUGUUUGACCAUGCAUUGAGGACCUUUGAUCAGAUGGACCAGCUGGGUACUCCCAGAACCGCCAUUUCCUUCAACACUCUGCUGUCUGCCUGCAACGAUUCGAAGCAUUUCGACAGAGUCCCCCAGCUUUUCGACGAAAUUCCCAACAAGAAUGGCGUCUCCCCUGAUAAAGUGUCGUAUGGUAUACUGAUUAAGUCGUAUUGUGCUGCGGAUAAGCCCGAGAAGGCGAUGGAGACGCUGAGGUUGAUGGAGGAGAAGGGUAUUGAGAUCACUGCGGUGACGUUCACCACAAUUUUCAAUGCUUUGUACAAGAAGGGCAAUGGCGAAGAGGCGGAGAAGUUGUGGGAUGAGAUGGUGAAGAAGGGCGUUGAGGUUGAUGCUGCGGCUUAUAAUGUGAAGAUUAUGUAUGUCCAUGGCGGGAGCGCGGACAAUGUGAAAGCUUUGAUAGAGGAAAUGGCGAAUGCCGGGCUUAAACCGGAUACUAUUAGUUACAAUUACUUGAUGACUUGCUAUUGCAGGAAUGGGAUGAUGGAAGAAGCUGUCAAGGUUUAUGAGGGGUUGGAGGGAAAUGCUUGUAAUCCGAAUGCUGCAACUUUUCGAACUUUGAUAUUUUAUUUGUGUGAAAGUGGGGAUUAUGACAAGGCGUAUAAAGUUUACAAGAGAAGUGUGGAGGUGCAUAAGAUCCCCGAUUUCAAUACAAUGAAGUAUUUGGCUGAAGGAUUGGUGAAAAAGAAGAAGAUGAAGGAGGCCAAGGGAUUGAUACGCACGAUCAAGAAGAAGUUCCCUCCUAAUGUUUUAGUUGCCUGGAAGAAAUUGGAGCAGGGUCUAGGUUUGGCUUCUUCUGAUACUGGUGCGUCUUCAGUCGCAGAUGAGGAGGCUAAAGAGGCUACAGCAUAAGUAUUGAUGGGAUUCCGGCUCGUUGGUCUGAGUUUAAUCCGGCGAUUAUUGCAUCUUCGGCUGCGGCGGGUGAGCCCAUCUGAUUAAAAGGCGAGCAAGGAUGUCAAUUGGCUGCAUAAAGAAGCAAGUUAGAAGCUUUUUGAAAUUGUAAUACUGUAUGAGCUUCAAUUUUGAAUAUUUUUAUGUUGGUUUUCGUUUCGUUGUCUGCAAUUUCGCAGUUGGUAAGAUUUACGUGUUCUUGCUCUUGCCGUCUUUUAUUCAGAAAUGGAAGCAGGCCCAUUUUUAUUUACAAACCCAUUGGGACCUUAGCAUCCUGCAUAUGCCAUGGCCGUUGUAGUGUGUAAUUGUGUUUUUAAUAACAUGUCAUAUCUGUUUGAAACUUA